AUCCCUCGUGGUUCGCCGCAAUCUCUCAUUCUCUCCAUCUCAGAUUCUCUGUGGAUUAGGGUUUUCUUUUUCCCUCUUUACGUCGUCCUCAUGAUGCAGCAGCCGGGAGCCGGUGUGGUACCACCACCGAUGGGCCAACAAUACCAGCAGCAAGCGCCGCCCCCUGCCUCCUACAUGAUGAUGAUGCCACCGCAGACUCAACCCCCACCCAUGUGGGCCUCUCAGCUUCCGCUUCCUGCGGCCGUGCCUCCUCAACAGCAACUGCAACAGACGCAACAGUUCCAGCAACCACAACAGCAACAGGGUCAACCCACCAGCGCUGAUGAGGUUCGCACGCUAUGGAUCGGGGACUUGCAGUAUUAUAUGGACGAGGCCUUUCUUCUCAACUGUUUUUCUCAUACCGGAGAGGUUUCUUCUGUGAAAGUCAUCCGUAAUAAGCAGACUGGUCAAAUUGAGGGUUAUGGAUUCAUAGAGUUUGUCAAUCAUGCUGCUGCAGAGAGAAUAUUGCAGACAUAUAAUGGUGUCCCCAUGCCAAGCGGUGAGCAGACUUUUAGGCUGAACUGGGCAACUUUCGGUGGAGGUGAGAGGCGGUCUGAUAAUACCCCUGAUCACACUAUAUUCGUGGGUGACUUGGCUACUGAUGUUACGGAUUACAUGUUACAAGAGACAUUCAGGGGCCGCUAUUCCUCCGUUAAGGGUGCAAAGGUUGUGAUCGAUAGGCUUACCGGACGGACUAAGGGUUAUGGAUUUGUACGAUUUGGAGAUGAAAGUGAACAGCAACGUGCAAUGACUGAAAUGAAUGGGGCUUUCUGCUCAACAAGGCCUAUGAGAAUUGGACCGGCCACAAACAAGAACACUAUGGGUGCUCAGCAGUACCCUAAAGGUUCGUAUCAGAAUUCACAAGGGACUCAGAAUGAGAAUGAUCCAAAUAAUACAACUAUUUUUGUUGGUGGGGUGGACUCUAAUGUUACUGAAGACCAUUUGAGACAACUUUUUAGCCCAUAUGGCGAGUUAGUACAUGUGAAGAUUCCACCAGGCAAGCGAUGUGCAUUUGUUCAAUUUGCUGACAGAAGCUGUGCUGAGGAAGCAUUGCGAGUGGUAAAUGGAACUCAGCUGGGUGGAACCAGUAUACGGCUAUCGUGGGGGCGCAGUCCUGCAAACAAGCAGUCUCAGCAAGAUCCAAACCAGUGGGGGGGUAGUGGGUACUAUGGAUAUGCUCAGCAAGGAUAUGAAAAUUAUGGGUAUGCUGCUUCUGCUGCACCCCCAGAUCCAAACAUGUACUACGGAGGUUAUCCGGGGUAUGGAAAUUAUCAGCAGCCCCAGCAGAAUCAGCAGCAGCAAGUGGGAUAUAGCUGAGAAGUUUUGGUACUGUAAUAGCGCUAUUGCUAGUAGUAAGACCAUCUAAAUGAUGCUACUCUGUUCCCCUUGUACUGGGUACUGGUUCUUUGGGGGGAGAACCAUUAAGUUGUGUAUGCUAUUCUCUUGCUGAGAACCUCCUUUGUUGAAGAAUUGAGUGUUGGGUUUGAAAUUCUGAUUUUUUCUUAGCUUCUCUUCAUUAGCCUUGUUACCUCACUAUCGUAUUGUUGUUGGAUGAUAUUACAUUUUUAUUCA